GCUUUCCAAGCGGCGGUGGCAACUCGUCGAACAUCAUCGACCAAUAUCAAUUCGCAUAGUUCGAGGAGUCACUGUGUUGUCACGCUGAGAACGAGUCUGCCAUGCCCAUAUACAGCAACUUGUCGUCACGGGAAACUCAAUCUCAUCGAUCUGGCCGGUAGCGAAAAUGUUGGUCGGAGUGGCGCUAAGGGCAGUACAUUAAGGGAAGCCCAGAUGAUCAACAAAUCUCUGAGUACUCUGGUCAGUAUUGUUGGUCUCACUUGUCAGUCGAAAACACAUGUCCCUUAUCGUAAUUCCAAGCUCACCCUCAUGCUCAAGGAUUCGCUGGGUGGCAGCGCCAAAGUACUCAUGAUAGCACACUUAAGU